UUAUUUCUUCUAUUUCCUUUUUGUUAUUUACCAAACAAAAACAAACUUCUUAUUUUCCUCCCUUUAUUCUCUCCCUAGAUUUUCCUUUCUACAAAAAGAAAAAACCGAGUAAAUAUAAGGAAAAGGGUAAAUCAAAACACAGAAAUUCAUCAGAAAAUUCUUCAAGAUUAGACCACUGACCACCCAAUAGCAAAUUCCCAUUUUUUGUCUAUAAAACUUUUGCCCCUUUUUUUUCUCCCAUAAAUUUAGCUCAAUUCUCUCUCUUUUUUCUCCCUCUAAAUGAAAAUUCUCUGUUAAUUUCUUUACAUUUCCCAGAAAAUUUUGACCCUUAAUUUCAGCUAUUUUCUUUAUAAUUUUUUCCCGUUAAUAUAACUUUCUUGAAUCUUGGCUCUAAUUUUUCAAUUUCUUGUUGAAAAAUAGCCUAUAUGAGGAGAUUUAGCACAUGGGGUCUUCAAAUAUUUCAACUUUACAACUUUAUGUGCUCUGGUUAUUGGUUUGAUUGAUUCUUGGUGAGGUUUUAGCAGCUGGGUGUUUAAUAAUUUCUCAAUUUCUUAGCUAAAAAUCAAAUUUUUGGUCAAAAAAUGGCUACAAUUGCAAUUGAGUCAGCAGUGAUGUUUGAGUCCUCACGUCGUUUUGGAGAUCUGAGAGGAAUCCGGUGGCGUAUUGAUUUGGGGAUUUUGCCUUCUUCUCCUUCGUCAACCAUUGAUGAUCUUCGCCGUGUUACCGCUGACUCACGUAGAAGGUAUGCUUCUUUGAGAAGACAUCUUCUUAUUGAUCCGCAUAUUCCUAAAGAUGGAAGUAAUUCUCCUGAUCCUGUCAUAGACAAUCCAUUGUCACAAAACCCUGAUAGCAUGUGGGGUCGCUUCUUCAGGAAUGCUGAACUGGAGAAGAUGGUUGACCAGGAUCUUUCGCGUUUAUAUCCUGAGCAUGGUAGCUAUUUCCAGACUCCUGGAUGCCAAGCCAUGUUGAGGAGAAUUCUACUACUUUGGUGCCUUAGACAUCCAGAGUAUGGUUACAGACAAGGGAUGCAUGAACUGUUGGCCCCACUUCUCUAUGUCCUUCAAGCUGAUACGGAGCAGCUUUCUGAAGUUAGGAAUCUUUAUGAGGAUCAUUUUGCUGACAAAUUUGAUGGGUUCUCAUUUCAUGAAAAUGAUUUGACAUAUAAAUUUGACUUUAAAAAAUUCUCGGAAUCUGUGGAAGAUGACAAUGGAUCUCAGAAGAGUCCAGUGAAAAUUACUAGUUUAAGUGAACUUGAUCCGAAGGUUCAAGCAGUUAUUUUAUUAAGUGAUGCAUAUGGUGCCGAAGGUGAGCUUGGUAUUCUUCUAUCAGAGAAGUUUAUGGAGCACGAUGCGUAUUGUAUGUUUGACGCUCUAAUGAGUGGGGCUGGUGGUGCUGUUGCUAUGGCGGAAUUUUUUUCCCCUUUACCAUAUGGUAACUCGCAUACUGGAUGUCCCCCUAUCAUUGAAGCUUCAGCAUCAUUAUACCAUUUGCUUUCGCUAGUCGAUUCUUCUCUCCACAGUCAUCUUGUCGAACUAGGGGUUGAACCACAAUAUUUUGCGCUUCGCUGGUUUCGAGUACUAUUUGGGCGUGAAUUUGCGCUUGAAGACCUGUUGAUAAUCUGGGAUGAAAUUUUUGCAUGUGACAACAAGAAGUUGGAGAAGCCUUGUGAAAAUGAUACCGAGUCCAGCUCUGGUGUCUUAAAUUCAUCCAGGGGAGCAUUUAUAUCAGCUUUUGCAGUUACUAUGAUACUUCAUUUGAGGUCUUCAUUGCUUGCCACCGAGAACACUACUACUUGCCUCCAAAGAUUGCUAAAUUUUCCAGAAGAUAUUAAUCUAGGAAAACUGAUAGCUAAGGCAAAAUCAUUGCAGUUGCUGGCAGUGGAUGCCAACAAUUCAGCUCCAUUAAUUGAUCAUACUGGGAUCUAUGGUAAAAAUCAGUCAACGGUUGUAAGAGGUCAUAGCCAUUCAGUUGAUUUAAGCUCCCCAAAAACUCCUCGAGGUCCUGUAGUACCUGAAAGCUAUUGGGAAGAGAAGUGGAGAGUUUUACACAAGGAAGAAGAGCGCAAGCAAAAUAGUGCGGAAAAACAAGUUCCAAACCGAAGAAAAGGUUGGUCUGAGAAAGUGAGGUUGCGUCUUACUAGAACUGAGUCUGCUCCAACUCCAUCUACAGUUGAUAAUGGAAAAAAAGCUCCCAAGUCAGUGAGGAGAAGUUUGUUGAAAGAUCUUGCUCAGCAGCUUGGUGCUGAUGAAGAUAUAGAAAAGCUUAUUGAUGAUGAAAAUAUAGAGCAGGAAGCUCCAGUUGACGUUGUCGGACAAGAUUGUAAUGAUGGAAAUUUUACUUGCACGUCUGAUCAGUCAUGCUCCACUGGAAGUGCCGCUAGUGAACAGAAUUCGUCUAUUUUCUCAGAUCCUCCAAGCCCUAUUAGUGAUGCAAAUGAUCAGGAAAAUAGAUCUGAAAGAAGUAGUGUUGCAUCAAAUUUCUCAGCCGAUGAAAAUGAUGCUGAUGGAAAUAGUGGUGAGGCAUCUUGUACCAAUCUAGAAGUCUCACCCCUUAUUUCUGUUCCCCCUCAGCAGACCUCGCUAAAAUCUGAAGAAAGUGCUGACUCUGGGGGAAAAGGCCCAGUAGGCUUUAAGGAGCGGAAACUUCUAUCUGGUAAAUUUCAGUGGUUAUGGAAAUUUGGACGAAAUGGUGGUGAGGAGACGUCUGAAAAAGGUAUCUGUGACUCCACGAAAGCUUGCAAUAGUGGGAAUUAUCCAGACAGUGCUGCUGAUACAUCUAAUAACAGUGGAAUUAGCAAGGGAGAAUCUGUAGACCAGAAUUUAAUGGUUAGUUUGAGAAAUCUCGGGCAUUCAAUGCUUGAGAAUAUCCAGGUGAUUGAAUCAGUUUUUCAGCAAGAUCGCGAUCAAGUUGGGACCUUAGAAAACCUUUCAAAAAAUGUUCUAGUUGGUAAAGGACAAGUAACAGCCAUGGCAGCUCUCAAGGAGCUUCGGAAAAUCAGCAACCUCCUCUCGGAGAUGUAAUGAGACAUAGAGUACGUUAAAUAUGUAUAUAUAGAUUUAGUAAUUUAAAGCACUCGAAUGCAGAAUAAUCAAGUCCUAUUCGGCUUCUCAUAUCUCUUGAUUGUGAGUGAUUCAAAAUUUUGGCAUGUACCCGGAUCUUAUUAUGUAAAUACAAAAUCCCCUUCAAGUUUCAUUGCUCAAUUAUGAAAUGUAACAGUGAUAUGUUGUUAGAA